UCUAUGGAAUUCACAGUGCUAUAUAUAACCAAAUACCUGUUAUACAAUACAAGUGAGUGAUCAGUGUAAGCAGAUUCUGAGAGAAAAAGAUGAGGAACUUGAAGGGUAGAGGUAGGGCUAUUUCCCUUGUGGCAGUGCUGAUUUUUGUGUUGGUUUUGGGUGCUGAGGGUGCUGGUGAAUGUGGAAAGACCCCUAUAGGGUCUGCAGCUGCAAGUCUGAGCCCUUGCUUGAGUGCUGUUAGCAAUGUGAAGGCAAAGGUUCCUUUGGCUUGUUGUGCAAGAGUUGGUGCUUUGCUCAGAACUGCUCCAAAAUGUCUCUGUGCUGUUCUGUUGUCUCCUCUGGCCAAACAAGCUAAGAUCAACCUUGCCACUGCUAUCACCAUUCCAAAGAGAUGCAACAUCAAGAACCGUCCUGCAGGAAACAAAUGUGGAAAGUACACUCUACCCUGAAAUCAACAAACAACAGAGUAAUAUUCAAUAUGCAGUGUUAAGCAGAUUACAGAGAUAAAUAAAUGCAAUUGAUGUGGCAUCAUCUUCAACCGUGACCUGUUUCAGUGGUGGCAUAGUGUUCGUCGUAAUUAAUAUUAAUGAUUACUAUCCAAAACUUGUUAUUGUUUUCAUUCCAAAAAGAUGUUAAGAUAAUGGAAAUAAUAAAAAUUCGUAACUCUA